AUGAGAAGAGAAGGCCGCCCGCACGGCAUGGUCCGAACAUGCCCGGCUCCGUUGGACCCGCGGCCCAAGUCCAGAAUCCUCAACCAGCUCGCCGACCCGCCAACCGCUGGCCCGUUCACGAAGGUCCCGUCCAGGCCCACCAACCACUCGAAGCCCACAAGCAAGCGCAAUUGCGACGCCGAUCGACAUUUCAGGUCUAGGAGCUCGUCCAAAUGGGCCCGAAGGACUAGAUCGAAAAGGGAUGACUACUCAGACGACGGAGAUGAGGAGGAGGAGGAUUUUGAUGAUGAAUAA